CUCCUUUACGGCAAAUGGAAUAUGGCGGAGGGUGAGAAAUCCCAAGACGGACUAGAGCUCAGCAAGGUAUGAGUUUUAAAGAGCUCUUAUAUCUGACAGCGGGCCGUAUGGGUGAGGGACAAACCACGGAAAUAUAACGCCUUAGCUCCUUUGUACUACAUGGUUUUAGCGCACAGUUAGAAGGCAUCCUCUUGACAGGCUAGCAUCCGUGGUUAGCUCUGGAGCUAGUUAUCUAAAUGUCAAAAAUAGGCUGUCUGUGCAGAGGCUUCACUAUUCAAUUCUAAUGUACAGUUUGUAAAUGUUUCCAUGACUGGUUAGAUUUGUGAUCUUAGGACGGGGAUAAUGUGUUUUUGUUCUCUGCGGUGUGUUAAUCUCCAUCCUUUUGCUGUUUGGCCACCGCUCCUGCCCGUCUCCCUCUCAGAGCUGCCAAGAGUUUAGAAAUGUUGAGCACCAUUGACCUGCCUGUGCGUAAAACUCCAACUUAUGCCAAAGGUCUUUUACAGUUUACAAGUGAAAUUAGUUUACGAGCGGUAAGAUUUGGGGAUUGAUUGAGAGCUUUGACCGGCUUGAUAAAUUGUAAACAUCACCCAGUAAAAAGACAAUAAAAACAGCGUCUAUAACGGUCCGACGUUACUUAGCCUGAAAAAAGAAAGAAAGAAAGAAAAAAAGACGUCUAAAUGAUAUCGGAUGUUUUUCAUACCAUCAGAUCCAGCACUAUGAUACGAAUCUGACAGUUUCACUUUCAGCUUGAGUAAAAACACAAAAGUAUUAUGUAUUAGUAUGUCGUAUUUAGGUUGGAUGUCAAAUCUGGAGCGAUGCAGAUGAAACAGGGUUCUGUCUUGAAAAUAAUAGUUGUAAAAGUAGUUUUGUAUGUGUCACUAACACCUUCCCUAAGGUGCUAGAUGUGACAGAUAAUUUCUCGGGCUACUGGUUCAACCUUUGAUAUGUAAAAGAAGUCCCGUCUAUGUGUUAUUCAACAGUCAUAACUAACCCUCAAACACUGAAUGACUGAUGAUUCCAGCCUGCAUACUUCAGUUUUACUUUUAAGUAACACUGUCACUGUUCUCUAUUCACUUCUAAGUAAUGGGGUCUACAGCCAGAACAAAACUAGAUAUCCUACUGUCAUCACAAUGACUUUAUCUUUAAAAUGUGCAUUUUGCAUUCAGACUCACACAUUGAGUUUAUUUCAGAAUGCAAAAUCAUGCAUUGCUAAGGUUUAAUAAUUAUCCUUGCAUGACGCUACCAUUAGUGGUUUCUGCAUGUGGUUUUAUUGUUGCAAUCGAGUCUGUACUAAACCACACUCGCUCUCCUCUGCUGUUUUGCAGAAAUGGCUGGAAGCUUCAGACAGCAGGGCGGAGCUGCUUUGCUACCUGAAGGAGCAGGUGCCGCAAAUCUUCUGCCUGAAGAAAGAGUCCAGCCCUCAGGAGGAAGAGGAGCUCAUGCAAAGUCGACUCCUCCACCCGCUAGAAUGUUUCCUGUUUGGAGAGGACUCUCAGGAGGGUCUGGAAAAGCUCAAGCAGGGCAGCACCUCCUCCCAGCUCUGUGGACGCGUCUUCAAAGAGGGGGAGACUGUUUACUCCUGCAGGUCUGAAAAGACACCAACAAUUUAUUUCGUAAUUAGUUAAUACAGGAAAUAACAGUAACUCUGAUAAAAUUAUCAGCUCUAAUGAAUAAAUAAGUGCAAGAAAGUGUGUUCACAUCUUUCUGCCUAUUAUUUUGUGCAACAGUUUUUCUAAGCUGUCUUUCUAAGGAUGUCUUGUAGGUUUUAGGCCAAUGUGGCACUCAUUUGAUAAAUCAGAGGUAUAUUUUUGUCUUAUUUUGAAUUAAAAAGUUGUGUAAUUAUUUUCUAUUUAGACCAGAAUGUGUUUGAAAUAAUUCAGGUACUGUAAAUAUCCUAUGAAUAGUAUGUUUUCUGAUUUCAAAGCAGGUAAAGGUCAUUAGGUAAACUUUAUUUAGUAGAGUUUAUAAUACAGAGGAAGUCAUCACACAGUUCAGACAAAACAAUACAUGUAAUAGCAUGUCUUUAAAUGAUUCUUUUUGUUGAUUUUUCGAAGUUAAGUAACCAACACCCCUCUUCUUAUUGCAGGGAUUGCGCCAUAGAUCCUACAUGUGUCCUGUGCAUGGACUGCUUCCAGGAUAGUGUGCACAAAAGCCAUCGUUACAAGGUUAGUGUUUCAAGAAAUGCCCACAGUUUUAGUAAAAUCCAACUGAACUGCAUUCUUUCAUUAUUAGUAUUGUUUUUAUCAGUCACUGUAUGCUUGAAAAAUAGCAGUGAAAUUCACAUUUUAUUUAUGAGUUCAUUAGACCUAUACUUGGUCACUUCAAAUAAACGAAGGAGUUAUAAUUGGCCUUUCGAGUUAGAAGCCAAAUGUUGCACAGUGAUGAUUCCUAAAGUUUAAGACGUCGUGUAUCUUAAUUUGGUAUGGUGUUUAUCUAACCACUGUACUUACUGUAUCCAUUACUCUUUAUGUUACUCCCCCUUCAUGAAAUCAAGUAUGUGAAUUAUUUUUACCCAGAUGCACGCAUCAUCAGGCGGGGGCUUCUGUGAUUGUGGGGACGUUGAAGCCUGGAAGAUUGGCCCCUGUUGCUCCAAACAUGACCCAGGGGCAGCCACUGCCAUGGUAACGGUGAGUUACAUAAUAGAGCGGAAAAAGGGACGUGGGAGGGGCAUGCUUGUCCCAUUCUGUGUCAGUGAACCCCAGAAUGCUUAUUUUCCCAUCUCAGUCCUGGCUGAUGCUCUCUUGGCUGUGACUUUGGCUCCGGAAAUGAGACAGAAAAGCACUUUGUUGACCUGAAAGAAGAAAAGAAAAAUUUAUAACUAGGUUAAAAGGCUUGGGAGGUGAUUGAGUGUGUAAAAGCUGGUGGAAAACAAUCGCUUUCAUCCUGCUGAAUAGCGCAGGGGUGCUGCUGGAAGACAUUCUGCUGAUUGAUACAGCGCAGCACUUGUUUGUCAGGCCUUUCUUUGCUGAUCACUGUGUUUCUCUGAUAAGAUCGUGCUCAGGGGCUUUGAACAGAUGUCCAUCUUGACGUCUUUGUGCCUGUUUUCCGUAAACAGCAGGUGUUUCUAUUAACAGAGACAUCAGCAGCCUGGGUUGAUGAGGCGCUUUUAUUUUAUUUUUUUUGCACCAGAUUUAAAGCUAAACUCAUUAUAAUGUUUCAGAUCUCCUUUUGUUUGUAAAAGACUCAUUCUUUUUCUCACACAGCCCUGUGACGUAGACACUGCUAUCAAUACACAGACUCACUGUGUGUUUUGAUUGGCUUGUGAGUCAAAUGCUGACAUUUGUAUACAAAAUACUGAAUGUCUUUUAUGGAAUGUUUGCUCUCAGGCAGCUGGCUUUGUGAAAUUAAUACCCAAUUCCCUGUUUAGCUUGGGAACAAAAUAUUUAUACCAGCCCUUUGACAUAUUGUACACACUGCUGGUGACACAGGAAAUAGGGAACUAGUAGAGAUAGUUAUAACAGGCUUUGUCCGAGUCAAAUAAGAUCUGCAAAUUGGGAUAAAAGAUUAAAUGUACAAACUUUAUAAAGUUUAUUUGCAGCCUAAACCCAUUCAUGAUUGUCCUUAAUAGAGAAAAAAGUCAAACAUGGGAAAAAAAAAAAGAUUAAAAACACAACUACAUUUUGGUGUCACUGAAUGUGUAAAAUAAGAUUUUGAAACUCUGAUGAUAGUUUUCGAAGUACAAGGGUUUUGGGGAUGUGUGUUUAAGUGUUUUUCUCAUUUGUUGCAGGAUGAGUGCAUGUUGGAGCCCGAGUUAUACGAGCGCGCUGAGAAACUGUUCCGGGUGCUGCUGCAGUACGUUACAGAUUUCCUGGUUUGGGAGGAGAACUUGGAGCUGUCAGCUGAACUCCAGCCCCGGUAAGAUUCAUCUGAUCACAUGCAAAUAAAACCAUUAAUAUAAAAACACUCCAGUUGACAUAGCUAUCCAUACUGGCAGGACAAAAGAGAACGCAUACUACUGCGUUCUAUACAACGAUGAGCACCACUCAUAUGACCACGUGAUCUACACCCUGCAGCGCUCUGUUCACUGUGAUCAGGCGGAAGCUCAGACACAUACAGCACUCAUUGACAAGGAGGUUUGUUUUUCACUCUUGAAUUUUUCUCUCCAUCACUCUCAUUCUGUCUAAUUUCUAUUGUGUGUUGAUUCUUACCAAAACUCCUUCUUUUUGAGAACUUGCUGGGCUUAAGUUUAUAUUAAUAAACUCUAAAUACGAGCCCUCAUGAAAUCAACUGCAGAAUCUGCCAUAAUCGUCCUUAUCUGUUGCACAGGGUCGACGGGCUGUAAAGAGAGGAACUCUUCUUUCCUGCCAGCAGGCCAAAGACCUUAUUAAGGUCAACUAAACUCACAGACUCUACACAAGUUAAACUGAACAACUUAAAACAAUGUUAAAUCUUGAACUGUAGAUGACUCUUUUACUUCUGUUUUAUAGGCGAACUCUGAGCACAUUUCGCUUCAGCCACUACGUGUUGAGAUCCUUCACGCGGCAGUAAUGGCUCACCAAACUUUUGCCCUGCGCCUUGGCAACUGGUUCCAAAAGAUCAUCAGUUACUCAGGUGCUGUUAUGUUUGCACUCUAUAAAACUUUACUAUCCAUUUAUUGAUCUUUCACCUUUAUAACUAAAACACAUCAACACCUAUCAAGUGUGUAUUUGCACAUGCACAUGUGUAUUGUAUGAUAAAGAAUCAGUUUGUGUGUUUUGCGCAGUGGGCUUCAGGCAGGCCUUCAGUCAAGUGGCGCUCGAGCCGAACACAGACGGAGAGGGGCCCUGCCUCAUCAGCAGACUCAUGCUGCAUGAUGCCAGGAUGUACAAAGGCAAGUGUAAAAAACAACUGAGUUUUAUUUAGCUUCAAAUAAGCUUGAUUGAAAAUGAAACUCACAUUAACGUUACUUUUUUAUCUCACUCAGGAGCCCGCAAGAUUGUACACGAGCUAAUUUUCUGUAGCAUGCUGAUGGAGACGGAGUUCAAGAGGCUUUUUGCGAUCGAGUUUACAAAGGUAAAGGAGGGCAAGUGUUUUUUUUUUUUAUUAUUGUAAGGCGAUUUUUCCUAACUUUAUUUAAUACCUGUUCUAUGUUUGUGUUUUCAGCACUACAAGCAGCUGCAGAAGGAUUUCAUAAAUGAUGACCAUGAGAGGAGCAUAUCCAUCACAGCUCUGUCUGUCCAGAUAUUCACUGUACCCACAUUGGUAAGCCAUUUUCAUUGUGCAGUCAUCGGUGAAAGAAGUUUGGUGGCUCUCAUAUUUGUGCCUCUUAAGCUAUAUUUUGCCACUGUCCCUGCGUCCUCUUCCAGGCCAGACAGCUGAUCGAAGAGGGUAAUGUCAUUAAAGUGAUAGUUGACACAGUGAUGGAAUUGCUGCGUGAACAUCUGGACGACAACAACCGCUUCUUCUUCCUCGGCUACAACUCAGACAAGUUCUCACGCAUCCAGGUCAUCUUCCAUGACCUCAGGUUAGUCAACAGGCAACAACUUAAGGCGAAGUACUCAAGGACAUAAGAUCACGUCUGCAGGCAUUUGGCUGAUCUUAAUGCUGUGUCUAAGAUGCAAAUUGUGUCUGUCUCAGGUACAUUCUGAUCAGUAAACCCUCAAUAUGGACGGAAGAGCUGCGGACACAGUUCCUGGAGGGGUUCAAAAUCUUCCUAGGUCUCCUCAGAUGCAUGCAUGUAGGAAUCAUCUCAUGUUGAAGUGAUUUAUCCUAUCACAAAAAGGCUAUUACCUUCUUUUACUUGAGUUCUGUAACUCCUGUUACUUUUUUCAGGGCAUGGAGGAAGUGAAGCGUCAGUUUGGUCGGCACAUCGCGGUGGAGCCUGAAUGGGAGGCUGGUUUUUCCCUUCAGAUCCAGCUCCGCCACGUCCUCGCCAUGUUUCAGGACUGGUGUUCCUCUGAUGUGAGUUGUGGUAUCAAAUAUUUAUCAAAUGGCACAGAAAAGAGAAGUAAAUAGGAGUUUAGAGAAUUUCUUCUGUCAACUAUGCUUAUUCUAAUCCUCAGGAUGAGAUCUUGCUGCUUGCAUUUAAAGAGUGCCACGCAGUCCUGAUGCAGUGCAAUAACCAGCCCUUCCACAGAGAGGCUACAGACUACUACAUGUGCAAACACAUCCUCCAUGUCCGCCCAUACAAAGUGUCUCAGGAGCCUGUUAGCAUACAUCUGCCCAUCUCCAGGCUAUUGGCUGGUAGGAGAAUUGAUUAAUCAUUUUUUUGGUCAUUAAUUGACUCUUUUUGAUCGGUUCUUAACUCAUUUCUCUUCAUGUGCUCCCCAGGCCUGUAUGUGCUUCUGUGCAGAACAGGAGCCAUUGAGCGCUUGGAUAAUCUGGUCAGUAACAAGAUAAAAAAUGUUUUGUAAUAACCUUUUAAUAAUAACCAGUCUUACGAUGGUAUUCACAAAGGAGACAAUUAAGGCAGAAAAAACAAGCAGUAACAUGUUCACAUUUUUGAUGGACAGAUUUUAAAACAUUAUGGACAAAAAAAGAAAACAAAAGAGAGUUCAACACUCAGUUAAAUAUGUCGUUUUGUGUUCACUGAAUGAACUUAACUCACCCGUUGGUAUUUGAGUGUAAUAGUGUCCGCCUUGUUGCAGGGGAGCUAUGACUUCACUCAGCUGGCAGAGCAUCCUCUGCGAUGCAUCGUGUUGGCUGCACAGGUCUCAGCUGAAAUGUGGCGCAGAAACGGGCUCUCAUUAGUAAGCCAGGUAUUGAAAAUUCUUUGCUUUUUUCAGGCAGUUUUUACUCUCGUUUUUAUUAAUUGAUGGAGCGACAGGUUAAUUGAGUAUCUUUCCUCAGGUUUACUACUAUCAGGAUGUUAAAUGCAGGGACGAGAUGUACGAUAAGGACAUCCUCAUGCUUCAGGUCAGUAGAAACAUAACAUAGUCUUUUAUCUUACUUCUUUUCCUUUAAACAUACACAUUUAUUUUCACAAUGCAGUGAUUUGUUUCGACCCCCACAAUUAUUUUUCAGAUAACUGCUUCCAAAAUGGACCCCAACCACUUCCUCAUGCUAAUCCUGUUAAGAUUUGAGCUCUUUGAUUAUUUUAACGGAAAUUGUUCAAGUAAAGAUCAGGUGAGGAAUAAUAAGAUACUUACAUGAUACAAUAAAACGCUCAGAAACAUUGAUCUGCCACCAAAUGCCCUUCCUGUUUUUGAAAUGUUUUUUUGUUGACAGGAUGAACUGGUCCAGUGGAACCGGUUGACUGAGGAGAUGCUAUAUCUUCUCAUCGUCAUCGUUGGUAAAACACUCUUCAAACUUUGGACGUUAGCUAGAUUUGAAAAACAUUGUCGUGUCUGACCAGUGUUGUGUUUUCAGGUGAACGCUAUGUACCUGGUAUUAGUCAUGUGACCAAAGAGGAUGUGACAAUGAGGGAGGUUAUCCACCUGCUUUGCAUUGAGCCCAUGGCUCACAGUAACCUGGCCAAGGGUCUGCCAGAGAAUGUAAUCUCAUUAUUCUUACAGAUUAAAUCAAUGUUUGUUUUAUGAGGUUCACAUCAUUUAAAUUUGGUUUUCCUGUUUUCUUUGUAGGAGAGCCAUGAAACAGGCCUGGAGUCUGUGAUUACCAAAGUUGCCACUUUUAAGUAAGAAAAGAUUGUGCCAGAGCAUUUAAGUUUAUCUUGGCUGUUACUUUGGCGUUGGUUUAAUCACUCUUUUCUGCUUCUUGAAUAUUUUAGAAAACCAGGCGUUUCAGGACAUGGUCUGUAUGAAGUCAAAAAAGAGCGUUUGGUGGAAUUCAACCCUUUCUUCUACCAUUAUUCAAGAUCCCAGCACAGCAAGGUAAUGAAGCAUCUCAACACCAGUAAUUGGCUGAGCUUGUGUUGCGUAUCUUCUUCUUAUUUUUGUCCUUGACUUGUUUUAGGCUGAAGAGUCUCAGAAGAAGAGAAGGUGUCAGGAGAGCAAUGAUAAAGGUGAGCAACAUCAUAUCCCUGCUCAGGCUCUCUGCGCUGUAGCUGGUGGUAUAUCAGCUCUAACAGUCUGGCUUGUUUCUUAUAUUUGUCUUAGCUCUGCGUCCUCCGGUGCCCCCGGCUUUCUGCCCAGCUUUCGCCAGCAUAGUGCGCUUGCUCUGCAGUGACAUCAUCAUCCACGUCCUCAGGCGGGUCCUGCAGAGAGCUGCAGAGGACCGGGCUACACAUUGGACAGAAGCCAUGAUCCAGAGGGUACACAGUGCAUUAAGUUUUUCAAAGAGCACCUCUCUUUACUUUUGCCAUCACUUACUGUCAGUAACAAACUGCAUGUAUUUCCCACACAGGCCCUGCACCUGAUAGGUCAGGCAUUACUGGAAGAGAAAGCACAGCUUGAGGAUAGCUCUGUGGAGGAAGUGACCUUUGAUUUCAGCCUGAAGGCCCGAAGUAAGUUACAAAGAUUUUAUGUCUCUGGAGUCUCAAAGCUGGAAAAGCAGGUCUGGUUUUAGAAACUUUGUGACAUGAUAUCUCCUUAUGUCUAACAGGAAUUGGAUCAGAACACGGCAAGUCAGUGUUUCUCCUAUUGUCCAAGAUUAAGACCAUUCCUUCACUUGAAGCCCAGAAAGACAUGGUCAAAUGGGUCCUACAGGUAGACUUUUUUUUAUCCAGAUAUUUUCAAUUUACAUUACAAAACAUUUUCUAUGUCUUUGUUGACUGUUUACAGACCCCCUCUGUCACCUUAUCUUCAUUGAUUCAUGUUUUUCUCAGAUGUUUGAGAUCAUCAAGUGCCUUAGGGAGAAGUCCAGCCCGUCAGCAUCUAUGAGUGCAGAAACAACCAAGCCUGAAGAGGUAAAAACUAUUUCAUGAUGACUUCAAAAAUCUGGAUUUAAGAGUAUAAUCUGCUUGACCCUGUCCUUGUUUGAUAUGUGGCUUGCUUCUGACAAAGAAGGCUCUACACUUUGAGAUUUUGGGAGGGAUAAAUUCAGAUAAAAUAUCAGAUUAAAGAGGGCUUUAUUAUCAUUAUUGACUUAUUAAGAAAUAUGAAAGCUUCAAGCCUGAUCUUAUGAUUUGCCUUGCUCCAGAGCGCCCAGGACAAAGAGAAAGCAGAGCGCAAAAGAAAAGCUGAGGCAGCCAAACUCCACCGGCAGAAGAUCAUGGCCCAGAUGUCUGCAAUGCAGAAAAACUUCAUCGAGUCAAAUAAGAUGCUGUACGACAACAUGCCAGAGAGCGGUACACAAGGAGAGCCUGUCACAUCCACUGAGAGGUGAGCUCUUUGGGUGUUUUCAGCUCAAGAUCCAAACUACUGGCUAUCAGUGUGUUGGUGUUGUCUGUUCCAUUUCAUGACAGAUUUUGAACUCGCACAGUUUUAAUCAACAGCUCUGUUUACUUUAGGGUGUUUACCAAUGCAAGGGUUAUCUAAAUGAAUCAAACCAGUGGACCAGAGUAGCUCUCCAGGUGCUGAGCAAGGCCUGGAAAAAGUUUCACUUUAAGAGACAUGCCAUUGAGAUUUUAGACCAGCGGCUCUAUGUUGAUGCAACGUUUAAAUGCACACAGUUUCAACAUAGCAGAUUUUUUUCAGAUAACUUCAGGUCAGAGACUAUUUUAGUCACAAAAGUAAACAAAAGGUAGUGAAGCUAAUCUGAUGAGUAUGUUUACUGAUACAUUCAAGGCCAAAAGUCAAUAAACAUCUUGUUCCUUUUACUCAACUGUCCAAAUUAUACAAAAGUUAGGGGAGAUCAGGCAAAGUGAUAUCUGAAUAUUACUGGAGGGAUAUUUGGAUGUGUCAGGUCCCUCUGCCAAGUCUGCCAGAAGAAUACAAUAAGAUAUCGUCUGACUAAUGUAUGUGGAGGGAAUGUGGCAAAUCAUUAUUAUUGAUCAUAUUUUUCUGAGCUGUGUUUCAAUUCAUCAAUAUUGGCAAGGGACUGCAAAAGAAACCUCGACAGUAAUAUUCAUUCUAUUUUGGCUUCUUCCUUCAGCUGUGCCAUGGAGCAGAGGGAGCUGUGUGUGGCCAUCGGCCCCCAUCGAGGCUCCACCCCAGCAGAGAGGGAGGUGCUCACCUGCAUUCUUUGUCAGGAGGAGCAGGAAGUAGCUGCCCAGGCUCAAGCCAUGGUGCUGACUGCAUGUGUGCAGAGGUCAACAGUGCUGACACAAUGUAGAGGGAAGAAACUGAUCUGCAUAGGAGAUGGUCAGUCUCUUAAUAGCAUCACAUUUUAUUGAUUGAUUGACUGAUUGAUGUAGCAUCUGUAAUAAUUAAUGGAGGUAAAUCUGAUUCUGCCACAUGUGACACAUGUAUCCAAUGUAAUAAUCUCUUAAAGGGACGGCGUAUCCCCUCUUCAUGCCUCCUGAGCUGGCAGUAGGUACCCAUACAGGCAGUUGUGGACAUGUCAUGCAUGCUACAUGUUGGCAAAAGUGAGUAAAUUUGGACUAAAAUUCCUUUAUUUAUUUUUCUUUUUGUGUUCGUUCUGCUCUUGUGGUUUACUGCAAAUAUUUAACCCUGAUGCCUGGUGUUUUUUCAGAUAUUUCGAGGCUGUUCAGAAUACAACCCGAAACCGACUCCACGCUGAGUUGAUCAUCGAUCUGGAGAACGGGGAGUACUUGUGUCCCCUCUGCAAGUCUCUGUGCAAUACCGUUGUACCUCUCAUCCCGUUAGAACCACUAACAUUUAACUAGUAAGUCUGAUUCAUCAGAGCAUUGAAAGAUGGAUGUUCAAAUGAGGGAUUUUCUGUUAUUUAUUUUUUUUCUGUGUUUGAAUGUAGUGAAAAUGCAGAAAUAAUUGAGCAGCAUUUGACCAUGCCUCGCUGGAUCCAGAUCCUCACUGCCAGGAUUAAAGGACUCAAGUCUGUCACUCAGGACAACGGUAAGAGGACACACUCAACACACAGUAAUUGCAUUUCUUUUAGAUGGGUGAACAAGAAUGUCACAGAAAAAGGCUUUAUUUAUUUUUUGACGUUGCUUAUGAGAGCUUUAUGAAAGCUACUGCAGCUUCAUGUCAUGUGCAUAACUUAUCCAUCAAAUACGGAUGGAGAAUGGAUGCUUAGCCCUGCAGCUGCGUAGCAUUAGUACUUUGCUGGGUCUGGUGGAAGGCUUCAGACAGGCCAAUAAACUUCAUCAAGCCGAGGUGUUUCUAAGGUUUAGUAGAAGUGACGAUGGCAAAGAUAACCAGUGAUUUACUGUGCGGUGCAGAUUUCAACACAGAGAGCAGCAGUGUUGAUGGCAGCGCAGGGGUGUGUGGAGAGAGCCAGCCAGACUUCAGAUCCAUUCUCAGCUACGGAGUACAGGAACCGUGAGUAAAACUCCCACCUUCAGAGUAUUUUUGAGCUAUUGCACAACAGCUUCAAGAUCUCUGCUUGCUGUUUUCAGGAGAAAACUCUCGGACAGCAUUGUGGAGAUGCUGGUUGUGUGCGCCACCACAGUCCACAGGGUGGGACUGCAGACAGCACCCAACGAGCUGUGCCCAUGUGUGCCCCUCAUGACUUGGAACACAUGCGCCUUCACAAUCCAGGCAAUAGGUACAGCUAGACUCUGCAUGUCUGGUUCCUAUUGUCCAGCCGCUUGCUUAUGUUGGUGCUGGUCUCAUAAUACGUGUCUGUGUUUUAACAGAAAACAUACUGCAGGAAGAGGAAAAGCCACUCUUUGGGUCCUUACAGAACAGACAGGUUUGAUGCCAAGAAGUGCUGACUGUACAUGCUGUCAUGAUUAAUGAUCUGGCAGAUUUGUGAUAAGCUUCUCUAUUCUAGCUUGCAGGUCUAAAGGCCAUUGUGCAGUUUUCAGCAGCUCAGAGACUCAAGAGCUCCCAGGCUGUCAUUCAAAGGCACUUCACAGGCAUGCUGGGAGGUGUGUGGUCAUUUAUCAUCUUCUGUUUUUCCAUUGGAUUUCAAUGCAUGACUGCAUAAAAAUUGAAAGUACUGUAUGAAAUGUGACAAACUGUUUUAUUCUUGUUAAUCUCCCCAGUUUUACUACCAGCCAUGAGUAGAGGCAACACACCCUCUCUGCUGGAGGUGGACUUCUUCCAUCUUUUGGUAGGGAACAGCUCUGCAGCAGAUUAUCGGACUUAAACUUGCUAGAACGUACCUUUUUUUAAUUUUAUUUUAACAUUUAUAUUAAUAAAAUUGGUUCUUGUCUUUUGUCAGGUGGGGUUGGUGUUGUCUAUUCCCUCACUGUACCAAGAAGAGGCUGUAGACCUGCAGCCGUCUGCUGUCAGCUCUGCCUACAACCACCUGCACAUUCUUCAUCUGGUCACCAUGGCUCACAUAGUGCAGGUCCUCCUGUCCUCCACAAGUAUGAAAGUCUCACACCUUUUACAUUACAGUCCAGUCAAACACCAAUAACUACCUUACAGUGAUUUACAGUAAGACUCAUGAUUAAGACGAGGGGAUUUGGUUGUCUGUUCUGCUUAGAUUUUCCUGCAGUGUCAGGAGGAGAAGAGACAGAAGAGGCGAGAGCGGCUGCAGAGCUCUGCAGCGCAGUGUCACAUCUCACUGAGAGGUACGAGUGUCUCUCAAAUGACGGUAUCUGUGAAGCUAAAUUCACCAGGAACAUUUUGGUGUGGCAUUAAGAAUUUGCUCAACAAUUGUAGAACAAUCGUAGGUGUUGAAUUAAGAUCAAUAAAGUUAUUCUUAAGGUCCUUACACACCAGGCGCGAAUUUGUCAGGCAAAUUAUUCGCCUUUUUCUAAAAUAGCAUAAAGUCAAUGCAAGCUUCCACACCGGCGGCGAUUUUUUCCGCGGGGCGAAAAGCGCCUUUUAUUUUUUCGCUCUUGUGUCGAAUUUUUGGGAGAUUUGCAGGCGAAUAUCUGGACCUGCUAGACCUGUGGCCAAUCAAAAGUCAUGUUGUUGAUGACGUCACAGACCAAUGCAGCUGCAGUUCACACGACACACACCACCACGGGCACCAAGAGCAACGAUGGGAGAGAGUGUGUGCCACAGAGUGGUCGCCCUGUGUGUAUAAGCGAAAGCAAUUUUUCGGACCGGCGAAUAUUUUCGCAUUUCCGUCUCGCUUUUUUGCUUCGCUCCGCAAAUUCGCUGGUGUGUAAGGACCUUUAGAAUAUUAGUCUGGUGAAUUCAUUGACUCAUCUAAAAGUUUUUUGUGUCAUUUAGUCGGACUUGAGAAAGCCAAAAGUCUCUGUUUAGUGUUUAACAAAACGACAUUUUCUCUUACAAAGGCCCCAAAAUUUUGUGAUGAUCAGUGUUCAACCUCAUGUUGUGCUGAGGAACAAACUUUUAUAGUCCUUAUUCAAACACAUCCAACUUAAAGGGAAUGUUUUCUGUGUAAAUGUUGAUUACACUUAACUCAUUUGCUCUUUUAUUGUUUACAUCUUUACAUCUUUUAAUUAACUAGCACAAGUGCAAAUAGUCUGAUUUGAAGUUUCAUAAAACCACAGGGAAGAAUUUCUCAUCAGCUUGUUUCAUAACCAAACUUGGCAGGACUGGACCCCGCCUAUAAUGAAAGCAGAUUCUCGCAUUUCUUUUUUGCCUAGAUCCUCUCCAUGCUGCAUACUCAGAGAUGUGUUUGGCUCGACUGACAGAUUGUUUUGUGUUUUGCGAAUCAGGUCGACUCCUGAUGUGUCGGGCGCCUCUGUGGCAGAGAAGGUGAAGAGAGGAAUCGAACCGUUCCUGCGCUGUGCUGCUCUCUUCUUUAAUUGCCUUACAGGAGUGCAUCCUCCAGAUGAGCUCUUAAGUGCUGCUGGUAGGUCAAGCUCAGGUAUUAGAUUGUCGUCACACGCAGCACAAGGUGAUUAAUGAAUGAAAGCUGAUGUUUUGGAUCUCUUCAGUUACCUCUGAAGGACAGAUGGAGGCAUUAUGCAGCUACUUGGCUCUACCCUCAAAUGUAUUCCAGCUCUUCCAGGAGCACAGAGACACAGUUACUCCACUGCUGCAGAGGUGGGUGUCAGAUACUUCAGGAUUGUAUAAGCACUUAUUCACUGAUUUUUUUUUUUAGUAAUAGCAAGAGAGAUGAUUAGUUUUAUGACAGUGAUAUUUCUUCCUCAGGUGGUGUGGAAACCAAGCUGUAACCAGGGCUCUGAAAGGAAAAGUGCAGACACCCAGGUGGACUUUUAUCUUUGUUUUGUUUUCUUCACACUUUCAUUUAAUUUUUUAAAAACCUCAUGGAUAAAAAAAUAAACUCUUCUCCCAGAUACCCGAGGAAGAGGAAUCGACUGAUUGAGCUCCCCGAGGAUUACAGCGCUCUCCUCAAUCAGGCCAGCCAUUUUCAGUAAGUAGGGAAUUUAAUCCUUUCAAUCAAAACUUAUCACAGGAAAAUUCACCAGAGGAGUUUUAACAGCUCAACAACUUUUUUAAAAGAUGUCCAAAGUCCAUGGAUGAUGAGAGAAAGCAUCCGACCCUGUGCCUGUUCUGUGGCGCCAUGCUGUGCUCUCAGAGCUCCUGCUGUCUCAGCCCGCUGGAUGGGGAGGACGUGGGGGCUUGCACCGCCCACGCUGCUGUCUGCGGUGCUGGAGUUGGCAUGUUCCUCAGGUAAGUCAAUCAAGAGAAGUAUUUUUCAGUUUUUCUUUUUACUGUAAGCCAGAUUCUAUCUCACAGGAAACUUACUUUAUACAUUUGUCUGUGUCGGCAGGAUAAGAGAGUGUGAAAUAGUCCUGAUGGCCAGCAAGACUCGAGGAAGCACGUUCCCCGCUCCUUACCUGGACGAUUACGGGGAGACUGAUCCUCAUCUUGGGUAAUGAGACUGCCACUUGUACCAUCCAUCCUUUUAACAACAGACAGUACAUCACUAGAUUAACUUUCAUAUAUGGUAAAUGAAGUGCACAAUGUAGUCUUUUCUGAAAUACACCUUUUCUCUUUUAAUUUCUAGGAGAGGCAAUCCCCUGCACCUUUGCCCAGAGCGUUACAGGAAGCUGAAUCAGCUGUGGCAGCAGCACUGCAUCCUCGAGGAAAUCGCCCGCAGCCUGGAGGUGGUUAAUGUUAUGUUUGCCUUUGAGUGGCAGAUGUUGUGAUGAUUGCUCCCAUUGUGGAGGCCAAGGAGAAAAGAGCACAGCCAUAGAGCACAACCUGCUCCAGUGCUCACCUAUUCACUCACUCACACACACACACACACACACACACACAUAUACACACACACAUAUACACAUACAAACAACAACAAUCCUCCUCCAAUCAAAGGAGGCUUAAGUAGCCAAUCCUUCCCUGAUGAAACCCCUGCUGGAGCCAAGAGAAGUGGGACAGUCAAGGAGGAGAAGGAGGAGUGGUGGAUGAUAAGCAAACCCAAGUCGCCUUGUUUUAAUUUGAUUGUUUGCUGCAGGAAUGAGUAAUGUUAUUUGCAAAGAGGCUCAUUCAAAUAAAGACAAACAUCAGAUACAUGCUAACAUCUUUUAGUUACCAGUGUAUGUUUUUGAUUUUUCUCCUUGGUAAUGCUGUGAAUUUUCUGCGUUUUUCUUCUUGUGUUAGAAAAUCGAAUUUGUUCUUAAGUUAUAAUUUUUGAAGUAUACUGUUUUGAAGGAUAUUUUUAUGAUGAAAUGGUCAAGCACAGUUGAGAAUCCAACACAUUUUUGUUUAGCAAAGUAAAGCAAUGAUCACUUCUCCUGUAGCCUUUAAUCCUAUAAUUAGACAUGUAUGUAAUGGAGAUAAACAGAGCAGACUCAGUAUUCACACAGAAGUAUUUACAGCUCUCUUCUAGUUUUCUGACGUUUGGAGAUAAACUUCUAGGCCAAAUAUAUGAUUAUUUAAUUAGAUAUCAUCUGUAUAUUAUUAAUAAUUUAGACUUUAAUGAAGGGACCAUAGACAGUUGAUGUACACUGACACACUUAAACACAAUUUGGAUUUAAGUUAAAAAAAACAAAGUAUUUCAACAAUGUAUUUAAGGAAAAUGUACUUUUUAUUGAAAAACAUUUCAGGUGGAGUCAUAUAUCUUUUCAGUAAUUGCAUCCAUUAUUGCUCAGCCUUUUCAGGAAGAAUGUGUGGAUAUAAAGUUUCCUCCUUUUUUGUGUUUGACAAUGUUACACAACUUAAAGGCUGGAAAUAAAGACACUAGCCUAAAUACAAAUGACUGCUUCUGUGACCUGAAUCAAUAAUAUCUUAUGUUAAAAAAGAAUUUGAUUUUCUUUGGUCAUAUUAAGACUACGCGUCCUCUGCUGCUGUUUACCCACAGUGUAAACCGAUAAUCUACAGAUAAGUAUUUCACUUGUCUGACACAUUAAUUCCUAAUAUUUAAAAUUGACUAUCAUACAUACAGUCUUUACUUAAGUCAGCACUAUACAUAUCCUCGCCACUCUGCAUGACCUUUUGCCCUGUGAGGCUAAAUACUCCUGAUUCUUAAAUGAAAUGUAAGGAAAGCACAAGGUUUCUUUUCAGGUAGUCUUCCACCAAGGCUUUUAGACUGAAAUAACAGCAUGACAAGGCAGCCUCUCUGAUGUACUGGUUUGUAACAUAACCACAAAGAUUAAACCAGGCCAUCACCAGCUCAGAGGGUUUAUUGUCCUUUCCUUUGUAAAAAAAAAAUAAAAAAACUUUGAAAACUCAAAA